AUGAGGCUCUUCCUGAUUGUUGCAAUUCUGCUAUUCCAGAAACCCACAGAAACUGAACAACUUAAGAAAUGCUGGGGUCACUACAUUCAAGGAAACUGCAGGAAGGUCUGCAGAGUCACUGAAAUACGGGAGGUGCUUUGUGAGAACAGGAGAUACUGCUGCCUUAACAUCAAACAACUGGAAGAACGGAAAAAAGUUACAGUGCGGCCUCGUCCCAAGCCACCAACAUUUGCAGCCACUUUUCCUCCGUACAAAGAUGUAGAAAUCACACCUUCCUCAGGCUCCCAAGACAGACAAUAUGUAAAUUAA